AGCACCGCAAAGUCACCACUGCCCCGGGGGCCACCGACGACCGCAGCCAGCAGUGGUCGGCCUCCCCUCUCCGACCAGUGCUUUGCCACAACACUGCAAGACGCAGCGGCCGGACGCCUACUCCAGACGCUUGGAGUGAGACCAGCGCCUGCCGCCAGGGGACGGGUGGCCCCUGAGGGCAUGCACCUGAGCGGAUGACCAGCCACCGCGGGAUGUCGGACUUGCCAUCGGGAGAUCGUCAGCUGAUGCUGGCGGUGAUGUUGAAUAUGCGGCGUGCAAGUCUGCGUCAUUAAACGAGGCGUGUGACGGCCACUGGUGAUCACCGCCAAGCGGCCGGUCCAGCUGCGGCUGGCUCGUCCCGGCAGCACGCCGCCAUGUCAGCCCAGCGCCGCAGAGAUGAGGAGAUCUUCCGGAGGAUGUUGAUGCGAGAGGUGGAGUGUGAGAACACCGCUCCCAGCCGAACCAACGCCGCCGAGACGACACUGGCUCUGUUCCGCCAGAGCCUGGCCGGCGAGGAGAGCUUCAGCAGGACCGUCCCCCACGUCUUCGUCAUUCUCGGAGCGUCGGGAGAUCUGGCCAAGAAGAAGAUCUAUCCGACCAUCUGGUGGUUAUUCCGUGACAACCUGCUGCCGGAGAAGACCAGCAUAGUUGGCUACGCCAGGUCCAAGCUAUCUGUUAGGGAGGUCAGAGCCAACUGUGAUCAGUACAUGAAGGUGCGGCCGGAGGACCGGGAGCGGUACGAGCAGUUCUGGCGGGUGAACCGGUACGUGGCUGGCGCUUACGACGCGCCAGCGUCGUUCGCGACGCUCGACCGGGCCAUCGGCGAGCUGGAAAGUGGCGGCUCAGCCAACCGGCUCUUCUACCUGGCGCUUCCGCCGUCUGUGUUCGCGCCCGUCACCACCAACAUCAAGGCCCAGUGCAUGGCCAAACGGGGCUGGAGCCGGAUCAUCGUGGAGAAGCCGUUCGGCCGGGACGCCGACAGCUCAGCCGAGCUGUCCCGACACCUGGCGGCGCUCUUCAGCGAGGAGCAGAUCUACAGGAUCGAUCACUACCUGGGCAAGGAGAUGGUCCAGAAUCUGAUGACGCUGCGGUUUGGCAACGUCAUAUUCAGUCCGACCUGGAACAGGGACUACAUCUCCAGCGUGCACAUCACCUUCAAGGAGCCAUUCGGCACAAAGGGCCGAGGUGGAUACUUCGACGAGUUCGGAAUCAUCAGGGAUGUCAUGCAGAACCACCUGCUGCAAAUCAUGUGCCUGGUAGCCAUGGAAAAGCCCUGCUCGGCCUCAGCAGACGACAUACGAGAUGAAAAGGUGAAGGUCCUCAAGUGCACGCGGGAGCUGAGUCUCGACGACGUGGUGUUGGGGCAGUACGUCGGAGACCCGCACGGCGAGGGGGACGCUAAGCAGGGCUAUCUGGACGACCCUACCGUGCCCAAGGGGUCGGUGACGCCUACCUUCGCUGCCGCCGCCCUCUGGGUCAACAACGAACGCUGGGAGGGUGUGCCCUUCAUCCUGCGUUGCGGCAAAGCGCUAAACGAGCGGAAGGCUGAGGUGCGAAUCCAGUACAGAGACGUGGCCGGCGACAUCUUCCACGGCGGUCAGACACGUCGCAACGAGCUGGUGGUCCGCGUGCAGCCCGGUGAAGCUGUCUACGUCAAGAUGAUGACCAAGAAGCCCGGCAUCACCUUCGACAUGGAGGAGACCGAGCUGGACCUCACUUACGCCGCCAGAUACAGGAACCUGAAGCUUCCGGACGCCUACGAGCGGCUGGUGCUGGACGUCUUCUGCGGCUCUCAGAUGCACUUUGUGCGCUCGGACGAGCUGGCCCAGGCCUGGCGGGUCUUCACGCCGCUGCUGCACACCAUUGAGGAGACCAGACCCAAGCCGGUGCCAUACAGGUACGGCUCGCGAGGUCCACAAGAGGCCGACGACCUCAGUCGGCGUCUCGGAUUCAAGUAUACGGGCACCUACCAGUGGAACGGCGACAAGGCGCACGUCUGAUGUCAUCGGUGGACUGGCGACAAGCUGCACGUCUGACGUCACCGCCAUUGGAACGGCGACAAGACCAUGUCUGAUGUCACUAGCAAUGGAAUGACGACAGGGCCCACAUCCGGCGUCACCAGAAGUAGAACGGGGACAGAGCGCAUGUCAGAUGUCACAAGCAAUAGGCCGUUAACAGGGCGUAUGUCUGACGCCACCUGUAGUAGAACGACAACAAAGCGCAUGUAUGACGCCAGAAGUCAUGAAACGUUGACAGGGGUGUGUCCGACGUCAUGGGCAGCAGAACGGCGACAGCGCACAUAUCUGACGUCACCAGAAGUAGGACGGCGACAGGGCGCACGUUUGACGUCAUCAACGAUACGAGGCGACAUAUUGUGCACCUCACAUCCUCAGAAAGGGGGAGGGGCAGGAUCUAAAAACAGGCAUACGAUGCAAACACACAAGUUUUUCGAAACGGCCCGUCCAAUCGCCCUGAAGCCUUCACCAAUUGAUUCCGGGAGAUGAGGGGAGUCAUGGCGAGGCAAUAUUGAGAUCUGACCUGAGGUCAAACACCUCGAAAACGCAAGUAGAAAAUUUUACACGCAAAUACAGACAACUCAGAUCUCAGAGCCUAAUAGACCGAUCACUGUGAAACCUUCCCCAUGGGAUGUCCCAUACCUGAUUCCCUGUUGCAGUGCCAAAUUUGGUGGUCCUAGGUCAGAUCACAAGUCGUCAAAUUUCACAAAGUCCAAAAUUCUUGCAGGCAACUUAUUGCUCAGAAUCUACCACGCCGAUAGCUGCCAAACCUUACCAUUCGGUAGGCCAUCUGCCUUAAUUCUCUAUUGAAUCUGCAAGUAUGAUGCCAUUCAUAAUUGUCUUUUCCUUUAUGUUUGUUCCCAAGCUGGGUUGGGCUGGCCUUAUCAGGUUAAAUUUCUCCUUAGCGGAAGUAUUGUGCUGAAAAUCAUGCGCCGAAUUGUGCAUAGUAUCGCCACGAUAAACACCUCCGCUAAGGGGAAAUUCAACCUCAUAAGGCCGGCCCAGCCACGCUGCACGUUGUCUUGAACACAAACAUAAAGGAAAAGACAUAAUUAUAAAUGGCACCAUAGUUGCAGCUUCAACCAAGAGUUAGGUUUGGUGGCGGACUGAAUGCUAAGGCUUGGCAGCCAUCGGCGUGGUAGAUUCUGAGGUAUAAGUUGUCUGCAUGCAAUAAUUUUGGACUUAAUAAAAUUUGACGACUCUUGACCUGACCUAGGGUCACCAAAUUUGGAAUUGCAAGAAGGGAUCAGGUAUGGGGCAUCUAAUGGGGACAGUU